GGUGUAGGAGGAAGCGCCUCACCCCAAGCUGCACCCGCUCUUGAGACUGGCAGAAACCGUGGGCAAGUUCUUGCAGCGCCCCACAAGGAAUGGGGUUGUUGACUGCUGACAUGCCAAGCGGGUGAGAGCUAGGGCAGACAAGCCUCAAAGAAAAGGGUGGGGACUACAGGAUGAAUGUGGGGGUGGCACACAGUGAAGUAAACCCCAACACACGAGUGAUGAAUAGUCGGGGCAUCUGGCUGGCCUAUAUCAUCUUGGUAGGACUGCUGCACAUGGUUCUCCUCAGCAUUCCCUUCCUCAGCAUUCCUGUUGUCUGGACCCUGACCAAUGUCAUCCACAAUUUGGCAAUGUAUGUCUUCCUACACACAGUGAAAGGGACACCCUUUGAAACCCCUGACCAAGGAAAAGCUCGGCUACUAACACAUUGGGAACAGAUGGACUACGGGCUCCAGUUUACCUCUUCCCGAAAGUUCCUCAGCAUCUCUCCUAUUAUACUCUACCUCCUGGCCAGCUUCUACACCAAGUAUGAUGCUGCCCACUUCUUCGUCAACACUGCCUCACUGUUUAGUGUACUGCUGCCCAAGUUACCCCAAUUCCAUGGGGUUCGUCUGUUUGGCAUCAACAAAUACUGAGGGAUAGGGCUGAGGACAACUCCAUAGGCAUGGAGAAGGCACUGGAACAAAUGACCAAAACAUCUUUCCCUUCUCCAAACUAUCUUCUGUUUCUUGAAAGCUAGAGAACUAUACAACUUUUCCCAAACUCAGGAAGAGAAGAGGUUGGAAACUGGGACCCUUGGGUCUAGCCCUGCUAAGGGGAAGAUUUUUUUAGUCAGAAAAGGCAAAUGAGGUUAAAAGCCAAAACACUCUAUAACAGGAAGCCAUAUUUGGGCAGUUUGGUGAUUACAUUUUCCACCUCUACCACUUUCCUGCUCUGUUUUGCUGUGCAUUUUUCUUAUAAUAAAGAUAAUUUUUUUCAGCUAUGGCUGCAAUUUGAUCAGCAAAAAGGUUAGAGAAGCCAGAUAAGGUGGUGUACACCUAUAAUCCCAGCACUCUAGGAGGAUGAGGCAGUGGGAUUGCAAAUUCAGGGCAUCCUCAGUGAGACCGUCUCAAAAUUGAAAAUGGCUACAGAUAUGUAUCAGUAUAAAGGCUCUGGAUCCAAUCCCUAA